AUGGGAGUUAAAACCUUUACCCAUUGCUCGACAUCCCACAGCCAGGAGAUGCUCGAAAAGCUCAACACUUUGCGUAACGAAGGUCACUUGUGUGACGUUACUAUCAGGGUGCAAGACAAACAUUUCCUGGCCCAUAAAGUGGUCCUGGCCUGCUGCAGUGAAUUCUUCCGCUCCAAACUGUUGGGUCGGCCCGAGGAAGAGGACAAGUUUGUUUUGGACCUUCAUCAUGUGACAGUUAGUGGCUUCGCUCCUCUGCUGGAAUACGCUUACACGUCUACGCUUUCCAUCAGCACAGAAAAUAUUAUCGAUGUCCUUGCGGCUGCGAGUUACAUGCAAAUGUUCGCUGUGGCAAGUACGUGUUCAGAGUUCAUGAAAUCCAGUAUUCUAUGGAGUCCAAGUAACAACAGUAACAAUACACUUGCAGCUGGCAAAACCCAUGAAUCUGCACCUGAGAGUGCCUCCUCUAACUGUACCCUCACGCCACUUGAUGGCAGCGUGUCACCUGUGUCAUCCGACUGUAGUGUAAUGGAGAGAAACGUUCCUGUUUGUCGUGAAUCGCGCCGGAAACGAAAGAGUUUUGUAACCAUGGCUUCGCCUGAGAGUCCUCUGAAAUGCACUACACAGAUGGUUACUACUUCCCCCCAGGUUCCCAAUCCUUCCCCUUCGUUUUCAGACAGCGCGGCCCAGCCUGUGGAGUCCUCCCUGUCAUUUCCAUGGACCUUCCCAUUUGGCAUCGAUAGGAGAUUCCACUCGGACAAAUCAAAGCUCCCAGAGAGCCCCCGGUGCCAAGAGCAGACAACAACAGUUUCUUCUGACGUGGUGGUUAGUCGGCGACUGAGUGACUUUUUGACAUGUGAAAGCUCCAAGGCAGUGUCACCGCCUGUGCCAGCUGAAGAAGAAGAUGUAAGUGUGAAAGUGGAGCGUCUCAGUGACGAGGAAGUCCAAGAAGCAUCGUCCCAUCCUGUCAGUGGUUCCCAGAGCUCACUCAAUGAUCAACAGACCGUGCCAGGAAGUGAACAGGUUCAGGAGGAUCUCCUCAUCAGUCCACAGUCAUCAUCAAUAGGAUCAAUGGAUGAGGGCGUUUCAGAGGCGUUACCAUCAAUGCAAAGUACCUCUAAUACUGGAGGACAUGCAGAGGAUGAUGAAAGGUUAGAAGGUAUUCAAUAUCCGUACCACCUCUAUAUUGGCCCGUCAGCAAGGCCUGGCGCGAAUGGCCCAGACAGGCCCUUUCAGUGUCCAACCUGUGGAGUUCGAUUCACACGCAUUCAAAAUCUGAAGCAACAUAUGCUAAUACACUCCGGCAUUAAGCCUUUCCAAUGUGACCGCUGUGGGAAAAAGUUCACACGGGCCUACUCCCUAAAGAUGCAUCGGCUGAAGCACGAAGGUAAACGCUGUUUCCGGUGCCAGAUUUGUAGUGCCACAUUCACGUCCUUCGGUGAAUAUAAGCACCACAUGAGGGUCUCCCGACACAUAAUCCGCAAGCCGCGGAUUUAUGAGUGCAAAACGUGUGGCGCCAUGUUCACCAACUCUGGCAAUUUAAUUGUACACCUGAGGAGUCUGAACCAUGAGGCAUCCGAACUAGCAAACUACUUCCAGAGCAGUGAUUUCCUCGUGCCCGACUACCUGAGCCAGGUGCAGGAGGAUGAGGAGGUGCUGGGAGUCCAAUAUGAGUUGGAAGAACCCCAACAUCACUCUGUCUUUCCCAGCAGCACCUCUACAUCCACUACCUUUGCUGCCUCCUCCUCCUCCUCCUCAGUCUCUGUCAUCUCCCAGGUCUCCUCGUCCACCCAGAAUUGCGAGAACUCACCUAGCUUCCUUCCACCUGAUUCCAUGGAUCCACUGGAAGCCUCUGCCUCCUUUAAAAUACGUGCCGGUGGAAAUAUUGCCCCAUCCGAGGAGACAAAGAUGGACAACAGAGAAACGGGCAGUUCACCCGAAGUGUUUGACGAAGACCACCGUCGGAGGGAGAUUAUCCAGGCCAAGGAGUCUGCUUCAGUCACAAUUGUGUGA